AUGAAUAAUAAAAUUCUGUUUGAUCAAUUACUAACAAAUUUAAAGAUAUUUUUGGAAUUUAUGAACUUCCAAAUACUUGCUGAAACUGGAAGAUAUACAAGUGGAUUUAAUUACUCAAUUAUAGUUACAUACAAUGGAAUAAAUAAUACUAUUCAAGUAAUAAAAAAAACCGAUGUAAUGAUCUCGAUUAAAAAUGAAUUGAUGGACAAAAAACAUCAAUCUGUUACUUUAGGUGCCAGUAUAAAAGAUUUAAAUGAAAAGCUUGGUGAUGAAUUUAACAAUAAUGUCGAAGAAUAUAGAAUAUCGAAAAAUAAUGCACCAUUUCUUUAUAAUUUCGUCAUGACUGAUGAACUUGAAUUGCCUAGUUUAACCACUCAUCGGUCACCUCAUACACGAAGUUCACGUUAUAAGAAUGAAGAAGCUGAAUUGGGUGGUUUCGGUUUAAUUGAUAGUCGAAUUGAAGUCGAUUUAAAAAUCAAUCAUGAAGGUAAAGUUAAUCGUGUACGUUAUAUGCCACAAAGUCCUCAAAUAAUCGCAUGA